GAGAGCGCGCGCGCGCGGGCCCGCGUACGUGUAUCGUCACCGCCGCCGCCGCUGUUGUCGCGCGGGUGUUUCGCGUUCGGGUAUCUCCGCGCAGUCGGUCAACGAAACAGAAAGUGGCCGUACGUCGUCCGUACCGCACGCGCCGCGACACACAAAAACACACACAAAUACACACACAAACACAUACACACAAACUCAAACACAGAUACAAACACACACGCACUCCUCGCACACCUGUGACGAAGUACAAAUCGUUAUUAAUAAUAAUAAUAUUAUUUUUUGUUUACCACGAUUUUCGGUUUAUGAUUAUCGUUUUAUUAUUUUGGUCGUUUCGUCUGCAGACAAUUUCGCGGGUUUCGUAUCGGAGAGCAUGACGAUCGUUUCCGUAUCAUCGUCUUCGUCGUAUAGCGUAUGUUUGUCGACAUCAUAAUUCGAAGAGAGAAAAAUAUUAAAAACCAGUAAGACAUAUAAUAAUAUUAUUGUUAUCCUUCCACGUCGUGCCGGUUUGCCGAGUGUUUACCUCACGCCGGGCCGAUACGUAUAAUAAAGACUAUAAAUUGAAAUAAAAAAAAAAAAAAAGCACACCGCACAGCAGUCGAAAGCCGCAACUUCACGGACGAGACACCGACGUCCGCCGUCUCGCGCCGAGCGCGGCAUGCGAUCGUCGUCGUCGUGGUCGUCGACAAGCGUCGCUCGUCGUUGAAUGGCUCCUCGCCGGAACGCAAUGGGUUUCAACGGUAUGGGACAUUUCGCCGACUUGUUCGGCCCGUCCACCACAACGGCCAUGGAACAGUUGUUCCAUCAGCAGCAGCAGCAGCAACCCUAUCAACUCGUCCAGCAACAGCACUACGAAGAGUGUUGCGUGCCCACCGGCGACUGCGUUAUGCGGUCCGCGCCCAUCAGGCCGGAUGAUCCGCGCGCCGCCGAACUCUACGCCCGCGUGGUGUGCAGCGACGGCGGAUGUCCGGCCGGCCGGUACAUGCACCGCGAGUGCUUCGACGCUUGGGAACGGCUGGUGUUGGUAUACAUGAAGAACGCGGCCGCGACGUACGCCAACGGUAACGCGAUUCCCCAGUCCAACGGCCGGCGCAUCAAGGACCUGUGGACGGUCAACGUUAACAACAACAAUGUGGUGAACCUCAACAAGAAGGGCUACGAAAUGGCGUUCAAGGCUUGCGGCUGCCGUUGCGGCCGCGGUUACUUGAAGAAGGACUCCGAGUGGCCGCAACAGUCGUCAUCCGGCAGCUCCGUCCUCCGCAGACGGUCUUCCGGCGGGAGCGGUGGCGCCGCCGACGACGCGGUGGACGGUGGCAGGACGUCGGCCGCACCGCCGACAGUCGGCAAGAAGAAGAAGCGCCGGCAGCCGGCCGCUAGACAACCCGCGGCCACUGCUUCCGCGAUGAUGAUGGCCGACUACGCCGAGCUGCGGCUCCGCGCCGGCAGCCUGUCCGGUUCGUCCAACGGUUCCAGUUCGCCCGUCACCAAUUCCGCCAGCAGCGUGUCGCCCGCCCACUCGGGAUCAUUCGGUUCCAGCACCAGCACCGGCGCCGGUUCCGGUUCCGGGUCUUCGUCGUCCAAGAGGCGCGGGGCCUGUUUGAAAGACGUUUUCGAGAGGCAGUCGUCCAUGAAUGGCAAUGGGAUAUUUUGCCGCCGUCUGGACUUCAGCACAUUCAAUCGGCUACCUCGGCACAUGCUCAACUCCUAUCACGUAAAGAUCGAAGACGAGGGCAACCAUGGAAAUGACGAGACCAGAUCGUUCAUUUUGUCAUCGUUAGCCGCUCAAAAUCAAUCACGAGUCAAUUGCGUCCUGUGCUCGGAUGUUAUGUUGGUGUUUGACCGUUAUCCGCUAGUGGACGGUACAUUUUUCCUCAGCCCCAAGCAAUACAACAAAAACGCUGUCGAGGUGAAAAACGAGGGACGAGCUCUGUUCCUGAACGCAGUCUGCAUGAAAUGUCUGGAUGGCAAAGACGCUGACCGGAAGCUGUGUUGCCGAUUCUGUGCUACUCAGUGGGACGGGUCAUCACUCAUUAUGGGCACUAUGUACGCAUACGACGUAUUCGCAGCCAUGCCGUGUUGCAACGAACGGCUCAAGUGUAACGGCUGUCAAAAAGCAUUGAUGUUGUCGCACCAACGCCUGAACUUUUAUAGCGAUUAUAGCCGGAAAGUCACCUGUCCGCAUUGCACUUCUGUCGACUAUCACUUCGUAAAGCCGCUCGCGGUGUACUACACCCGGCAGUGGCCAUAACAUACGGCCACGGUCCCGACCUCAAUGGUCGGGACCGGUGGCCGCCUACCGGCAGCCACCACCGUCGCCGCAACAGCGGUAUCUUGCUCCUCUUCAUCUGUCGCCGUCGCCCAGCCGGCUGUACUUCAACAGCUACAAAAUCAUCAGCACCUGCAACAGUUGCAACAACAGCAACAACACGCGCCGCCCGAUUACACUUCGGUGGCCAUCGAAAAACUGCUCCAUUCCAUAUGGGACAACAAAGUCAACGACAUCAUGGCGGCCAUUAACCACUUAGGUUUGGUCUGAACCAUUUGAAUUGCGAUUGAGUGUAUAGAAAACCGAAAGGGCUUUUUCAUCUUUUCAAAAAAAAAAAAAAAAACAAAACAAAAAAAAACAAGGUGUUCUUUAUUAUUAUUAUUAUUAUUAUUAUUAUUAUUUGUUCGUAGUUGUUUAAUUAUUAUUAUUACUAUUAUUAUUAUUAUUAUUAUUAUUACGUUUGUGGUUUUUUUUAAUUGAAAAAAAACAUUGAAAUAAUCAUUAUUUAUAAGAUUUUAAAUAUUAUUAGGUGUUAGUGAUUUUCAAAGAAAAGACGUCGUAAUGUAAUUUUUUUCUUGUUAAAAUAUUUUGUACAGCGGUCCCCGUUAAAAAAAAUUUAAAAAAAAAAUUCAAAACGAAAAAAAAUUAACCAAAUAAUUAUUUAUUGUACAAUAAUAAUAAUAUUGUGUAAUGGGAUGAUAUUAUUAUAUACCUAUAUGAGACUUCGAGCGGGACCCUCCUAUCGACUGCUUUUCCUCGCCCGCCCGCCACGAAGAGAACAUCAUCAAUUUUUUCGAUUUUGGCGGCAUUUUGUGUACGUAUGUAUUACAUUUUUAGUUCUUUUUGUAUAGUUGAAGAUUUAAAAAAGUUAAAAGAGUUUAAAAUUUUCAAAUCGUUUCUUAUAGUAAAUUCUACACGACUUAUACGGAACAUGUAUAGUUAUUUUAUAUUGCGAUCUCCUACAUCGUUAGAGUAGUAGUGUUGUUAAUAUGUAGCUUAUAUAUUGUAGAGGCGUACACGGCUUUUCGCUAACGGUCUACGGCGGCGGGCGGAAAAAGCGUCGUCUGCUGUGGUGGUGUGUGAUAUUAAAAUUUGUUCUGGGUGUCGUCGACUUUCGGCGAGUUUAUAAUUAUUAUUUAUAUUAUGUAUGAUUAAUAUUCUUAGAACAACAGUACAAUAUAUUAUAUAAUUAAUUAAUUAAUUAAUUAAUGAUAAAAACACGUAGAGUACAAUUAUUAAAAGUAAUGGAAUAAUUAUAAUAAUAUUAUUAACGAUAUGUGGAUAAUAUAAUAAUAAUAUCACGUUUAAGUUAUAUCUGAAACCUAUACGAUAAUUUUACCUAUCUGUAUGAUAUGUACGUAGAACGCCGCGCACGCGGCCGUAUCGCCCCUAACGAUAUAUUAUUAUCAUCAUCAUCGUUUUGUGUGUGCGACUUACUGUGGCGUGCGUAUUUAUUGUAUGAAGCGUGUGUGUGACGUGUGUGGUUAGACACACGCGACAUUAUAUUUAUUAUUAUUAUUAUUAUUAUUAUUAUGUAUUCUUGCUCUGAUGCUCAAUUACGCGCUACCUCUUGUUUUGUUUACCAAUCGUACUAUAUGUUAAUUAACAAAGCAACAAAAAAAAAGGAACAGUUUUUAACGUGUGUGUUAAUAAUUAUAUAUACCAAAACAAAAAUUUUCGAGAUUUAAAAAUAAUAUAUAGUAUACGGGUAUUUUCCUUUUGAUUUUAAUUCCAUCAUCAUCAUUAUCAUCAUUUUUGUUAUUAUUAUUAUUUUAUUUUUUUUUGUCGAUUUCGAUCAACUCGGGGGGACACGUCAUGUUUUAAUACAAAAAAAAAAACUACAAAUACAAUUCGUUGUUUUAAAAUACCUCAGCUACCUCAGCUACCUCGGGUUUCAUUUAUCCCAUGAAAAUGAAUACUCUUUAGUUAAUUUUUUUUUAACUCAUUUUAGCCCAAGUUGAGUUGUUUUGAUUUCUAUAUACUUCUUUCCUUUAUUUAUAUUAUUUGAUAUUGUUAAUGUAUACAUAUAUUGUGAAUCGUGAUUUUUUUAUGCUUUAUGUUUUGUUAUUAUGCACUAAUAGUACAACAUUAAACAAAUUAUGUUUUUAAUUAAUGAUUAUUUAUAUAGUCUAAAUGAGUAGGUUUAUAAAUUAAAGAAAAAAGUAAGGGAGAAAAACAAAAAAAAAAACGGAACGGAUCGUACAAAUGGAAAUACUUCAUUAAUUGAUAUUAUUAGCAAUAUUAUAUUAUCUAUAUAUAAUAUUACGUGGAUUUUUUGUAUUAUCGGCGUAAAAUUUUGACUAUUUUUAACAAAUUAAAUCGUAUUUCUAGGAGAGUUUUUUUUGUUUGUUCGACGCGUUUGGAUUGUCGCCGUUAUAUUAUUCUAUAUAUAUUUUUUCUUUUCGACAUAUUCUGUCUGUACCUGUUCAUUAGAAAAAAAAAUUAAACAAAAACAUUAUUUUGUUUAACUCGUUACAGCGCAUUUGUUAGUGUAUAGAUAGUGUUACAUGAGUGAGAAAAGAAGAUAGAUGGAGAGAGUAUAAAAAACUCACUUUUUGAUAAUAUCAUUUUUUUCACCCGUGUAUUACGAUAUAUAGUAUAUUAUAUUAUGUAAUCGCUAUAAUAUUAGAUUUUAACCCCUCCAUUCCCCCGUGUACAGUUAUUAUAUUGUAUAUUUUUAUUAUUAUCAUCAUCAUCAUCAUCAUCAUUUUUUUAUUAUUAUUAAUUAUUAUUAUCAUGAUGUAUGUGUAAAAGAGAUUCUUAUAAUUUUUUUCAUCAUUUGAGAAUUUUUUUUCAAAAUAGUAUUUUGUAGAGUUUUUUGGAGUGGUUUGCGUUUUGUGUAAUAUUUCUAAGGGAUUUAAUAAGAGAACAACAGAUACCUUCUAUAAAAUAAGUAGUUUUAUUUUCAAUAUUGAUAAUUUGCAUAAAUUUUAUUAUUAGAAAUUAAUUUUUUUUUUUUGAACGAGAGAAAAGAACUCGACAUUUUUAGUUUUGCAUUCUAGUCAGAGUCGGAAGUAUAUAAAAAAAUAUUAAAUAUAUAAUACACAUAGUAUACAUAUUUAAAACAAAUAAUUCGAACUACCUAUUUUAUAGUUUUUAUUACACAUUUUGUUUUUAUUUUUAGCACUUUUUUUGUUAGCAUUUUUGAUUUUAGUUAAUUUUUUUUCCUCGUGAGUGUAUUUAUAUAGCAAUAGUUAGAACUUUUUGGUGACGGUGUCACGGUUAUUAUUUUUAUUUAUCUUACAAUUUUAUUUUAACUCGCUCUUUAUAAGUAAGUUAGUAUGUUAGGUCCGAAGCUAUAAUAAGAAACGAUAAUUUGUAGUGAAGUCUUGAUUGCCGCGUUCGGUUAUUAUUGAGGAGGGCGUGAACACUUCAUGUACGCGACAGCGGAACUAUUUCAACACAAAAAUAUUAUCCAAAAAUGUGUUCAAAAAUAUAAAAUGUACUUACGUUUUACGAUCACUGCUCAAUUAUGAAAAUGAUUAAAUAAUGAAUCUUUUCAAUAUUUAUCUGACGCGUAGAGGUGGGUUAUUAUGAUAAUUAAUUACCGACCCGGGCGGUUAGGUUAGGUAAACGACCGAGUAGCGUUGACGGAUUUAAUCUAGUCGUGUGACCCACGUAAGUGUACCUACUACACGUGUAAUCGGUUACCACAUACUUAUUUGCAGCCCCAAAUUCACAAUAGUGACUUUCACGAUCACCUCCUCAUUAAUUACUAUACUUAUUAGUUAUUAUAUUAGGUACUGCGAUUUUACAACGUUUCAUUCGUAUUGUACUUUUCCGGCGUGUGUAUACUUCAAAAAAUUAUCAAAAGACCGCGAGCACUCGUUCUGUCAGUCACCUAUCAAAGGCCACGGACUCCUUGUAAUAAUUAGAGUUUUUUUUGUUUUUUUUUUCUGUUUUUAAUGUCUAACAAUCUGACUUCUCUUCGUUUAGCGAAUUUUUUUUACAUAGUUUUCGCUUCAAAUUCGUUAACGUGCAUCGUGUAUUAUAUCUUAUUGAUUAUAUAUAUAUAUAUAUAUAUAUAUAUGUCUUUAAACAAAAAGUAGUAAAUAUGAUUUUAGAUUUUUUUUUUAUAUAUAUAUAUAUAAAUGUGUAUAGACAUUAGGGUGUUUAGAUUAUAGUGAGUGAAUUAUGUAACAUAACGAUUAUAUAAUAUAAAUAUUACUUUAACAUAAUAAUUUUAAUAUAAUAUUGUGUACGGUAUUUAAAGAUAAUAUAUAUAUAUAUAUAUUACAUAUAUAUAUUUGAUUAUUAAAUUUAAAUAUAAAAAUAAAAAAUUUUUAACUAAUAAAAUAGGUACGAUAUAAUUAUAUAUAAUAUUAUUUAUGUGUAUUGAAAAAUCGUCGGUUCAAAGUACAAAAACUUAAAAUAAAAAAAAAAAAUAACAAUAAUCACCUGUCCACUAUGUGUUUAGACGCCUAUAUUUAUAUUAUAUUAUUAUAUAUUAUGAAAAAAAAAAAUGUUGAAUUUUAUUCAGAAGUGUAAAACUGUUGGUGUAGAACGGAGAUUAGUGUUAUACAAAUUAAUAAACUAUAUGAGGCCUAAUUAUGAAGGGGCGUUUUUUUUAUAGACGGUCAGGACUCAGAUUCUUCCCUUUCGAUUUUUUUUUCAAAUUAUUAUUAUUAUAUGCAUUAUACGAAUACAUAUAUUUAUGUUUAUAUAAAAACGGUAAAGUUUCAACAAGAAGUCUACAAAGUCUGGCAGAAACAUCCUAUGUUUAUUAUUUGUUUUCAAUUUUUUUUUUUUUAUUAUUAUUAUUUAAAUUAAUAUUAUUUUAGAUAAUUUGUUACGCAUUCGUUUUUAUAUUACCAAUUCACUGUAGAGAUUUUCUCGAGGAGUAUUUUUUAUUAUUAUUAUUAUUAUUAUAUAUUUUUUUUUGCUUUCAUAUAAUAAACAUGAGAUACAUAAAUUAUAUUUAUGUAUUAUAUUAUAAAAAACAUAAUUCGUUGUUUUUCGCGUCUGUGUACAUAUGACACGACGCCGAAAACCGCGCAACGUCGUUUCCGGUGUUUGGGUUUUCACUGCAGUGCUCUCUGUGAAUACCUUGAAAAAGAAUGUUCCUAAAUUGUUUUACUUUCCUGAUGAGAAUAAUAAUGAUAAUAAUUAUUUAUUUAUUUUUAUUUUUUUUUCGUGAUCCCCGAUAACAUAAUAUUAUUAUGAUCAUUAUGAACUGUUUAAAUCGCUCGCGAUGUGUAACCGAAAAUGUUUGUAUUAUACAUAAGACGAAGACGAUGACUGCGACGUUGUUGUGUGUGUCGUUCAAGUAUCGUUUUUCGACGCGUGUGUGCACUGCACUUACAAUGUAAUAUGUAUAAUGCCCCCACCCCUCUGGAAAUUUUUGUUUUUCUUCCCGCGAAUGUUUUAAUGUUUUACAUAAUAUAUAAUAUGCAGUAUGGUAUUGUGUUUGUGAUGUUUCAUUUUUUUUUUUUUAAUCAUUAUCAUUAUUAUUAUAAUAUAUUUUUUUUUAGUCGACUUAGAGCGUGGAUGAUUAUAUAAUUUACGUGGGGACUGGAGAUCGCACUACGUUACGUAAUAAUAAUUGUAAUCAUUAAUAUUAUAUAUCACAAUAAUAAUAAUUAAUAUUAUAAUAUAUGCUAUCAUUAUAUGUCGAACGAUUACAAUGUUAGAAUAAAACAGUUUAUUAUUCA